CCCCCGUGGAGCAAAAUGAGAGCGCAGUGAGCCAGCUCAGUCUCUCCCCAGCCAUCCCCCGACGCCCACCAUGAACCACUUGGAGGGCUCCGCGGAGGUGGAGGUGCCCGACGAGGCGCCAGGAGGGGAGGUGAACGAGUCCGUCGAGGCCGACCUGGAGCACCCUGAGGUGGAGGAGGAGCAGCAGGCGCCCCCGCAGGCCGCCGGCCGCCACGGAGCGGUCGAGGACCCCCGCGCGCAGCUGGCGAGGCAGCAGCAGGAGGAGGAGGAGCGCGGGGAGAGCCUGGCGCGCUCGGCCAGCACCGAGAGCGGCUUCCACAACCACACGGACACGGCCGAGGGCGACGUGCUCGCCGCGGCCCGCGACGGCAGCGGCGCCUACGAGGCGGAGCGCGCUCACGACGCCGAGGAUGAGAGCGCCUACGCCGUGCAGUACCGGCCCGAGGCCGAGGAGUACACGGAGCAGGCGGAGGCCGAGCACGCCGAGGCGGCGCAUCGCCGCGCGCUGCCCAACCACCUGCACUUCCACUCGCUGGAGCACGAGGAGGCCAUGAACGCGGCCUACUCGGGCUACGUCUACACGCACCGGCUCUUCCACCGCGGCGAGGACGAAGCCUACGCCGAGCCCUACGCCGACUACGGCGGCCUCCAGGAGCACGUGUACGAGGAGAUCGGGGAUGCGCCCGAGCUGGAGGCGCGCGAUGGCCUGCGCCUCUACGAGCAGGAGCGCGACGAGGCGGCCGCCUACCGCCAAGAGGCCCUGGGCGCGCGCCUGCACCACUACGACGAGCGCUCGGACGGCGAGUCCGACAGCCCAGAGAAAGAGGCCGAGUUUGCGCCCUACCCGCGUAUGGACAGUUACGAGCAGGAAGAGGACAUCGACCAGAUCGUGGCCGAAGUCAAGCAGAGCAUGAGCUCGCAGAGCCUCGACAAGGCGGCUGAAGACAUGCCCGAGGCCGAGCAAGACCUGGAGCGCGCCCCGACGCCAGGAGGAGGACACCCCGACAGUCCUGGGCUGCCAGUAUCUGCCGGGCAGCAGCGGGUCGUGGGACCCCCGGGUGGCGGCGAGGCUGGUCAGCGGUACAGCAAGGAGAAGAGAGAUGCCAUCUCGCUGGCCAUCAAGGACAUCAAGGAGGCCAUCGAAGAAGUGAAAACCAGGACCAUUCGUUCGCCUUACACCCCCGACGAACCCAAAGAGCCCAUCUGGGUCAUGCGCCAGGACAUUAGCCCCACGAGGGAUUGUGACGACCAGAGGCCCAUGGAUGGGGAUUCCCCUUCUCCUGGCAGUUCCUCACCUCUGGGUGCUGAGUCAUCAAGCAUAGCCCUUCAUCCCAGUGACCCCACGGAAGCCUCCACAAAUAAAGAGUCAAGAAAAAGCUUGGCUUCAUUCCCAACCUACGUUGAAGUCCCUGGACCUUGUGACCCUGAAGACUUGAUCGAUGGAAUUAUUUUUGCUGCCAAUUACCUUGGCUCCACUCAGCUGCUCUCAGACAAAACUCCCUCCAAAAAUGUACGAAUGAUGCAGGCCCAGGAAGCAGUCAGCCGGAUCAAGACGGCCCAGAAAUUAGCCAAAAGCAGGAAGAAGGCUCCUGAAGGUGAAUCUCAGCCAAUGACUGAGGUGGAUCUCUUCAUUUCUACGCAGAGGAUCAAAGUACUGAAUGCAGAUACACAGGAGCCUAUGAUGGAUCACCCCCUGAGGACCAUUUCCUACAUCGCAGACAUUGGGAACAUUGUCGUGCUGAUGGCCCGCAGACGGAUGCCCCGUUCCAACUCUCAAGAGAACGUGGAGGCUUCUCACCCAUCCCAGGAUGGAAAAAGACAGUACAAGAUGAUCUGCCAUGUCUUUGAGUCUGAGGACGCCCAGCUGAUCGCACAGUCCAUAGGGCAGGCAUUCAGUGUGGCGUACCAGGAAUUCCUCAGGGCCAACGGGAUUAACCCGGAAGACCUCAGCCAGAAGGAGUACAGUGACCUGCUCAACACCCAGGACAUGUACAACGAUGACCUGAUCCACUUCUCCAAGUCGGAAAACUGCAAAGAUGUUUUCAUAGAGAAACAGAAAGGAGAAAUCCUGGGAGUUGUGAUUGUAGAGUCGGGCUGGGGAUCCAUUCUCCCCACUGUGAUCAUUGCCAACAUGAUGCACGGAGGCCCCGCCGAGAAGUCAGGGAAGCUGAACAUAGGGGACCAGAUCAUGUCCAUCAACGGCACCAGCCUGGUGGGCCUGCCCCUGUCCACCUGCCAGAGCAUCAUCAAGGGCUUAAAGAACCAGUCGCGGGUAAAGCUGAACAUCGUGAGGUGCCCUCCAGUGACCACAGUGCUAAUAAGGAGGCCGGACCUUCGCUACCAGCUGGGAUUCAGCGUCCAGAAUGGAAUUAUCUGCAGCCUCAUGAGAGGGGGAAUAGCUGAGAGAGGAGGGGUCCGCGUGGGACAUCGGAUCAUUGAAAUCAAUGGCCAGAGUGUGGUGGCCACACCACAUGAAAAGAUCGUCCACAUCCUCUCCAAUGCUGUUGGGGAGAUCCAUAUGAAGACGAUGCCAGCAGCCAUGUACAGACUGCUGACGGCCCAGGAGCAGCCUGUCUACAUCUGAGCUGCCCCUCCGCAGCAGCGGCAUGCAUGGAGGAACCUCCUCACCGUGGUUGUGUUUCUUGUGCUGCAUCGUGUGUCACUGAGACAUUUCCCUUUCUCACUCAGUGUUUGGUCGUACACAGGAAGAGAAGAACGGCAAGGACUCUUUACUCUCUGUCUCUCUCCAGUUUGCUUUUUUUCUGUUCCUUCCUUAAUACCAGGGAAGUUUUGUGUGUGUCCCCUUGAGGGUGGAGAACAGCUAAUAUUUACCUGGGAUCGUUGUGGAGGGCCUUUGGGGGUCCUAAGGUGGUUGCCACUGCCCAAGCGGACAUUAUCCCUCCCCAAGAGGCACACACUUCCCUGAAGGAGCCCUCAGGGGCAGCAACAGAGCUGACUGAGCAGUGCCUAAAACUCACGUGCUGACUCCUGCCUGCCCUGCCCCGCUUGAUGGGAAGACAGUGGCAAUGAGGACAGCCACAUCUUUAGUGUUCGCUGCCUGCUGUGGAGUUAGGGCUCCAGACAUUAUUUCUGCCCAAAAUUUCUGAGCCAAUUUUAAAUCUCUUCCAUAGUCCCCUCUUGUUUCAAUGUGUGUGAUAAUACAGGCCUAAUGCAGAGAAAAGAGAACGUGACAUCCUGGGCAAGGCUGCCAUGACACUGAAGAGAUCCUGGCAAGUCACAGGGGCUCUGAGGCUUCCAAGAUUGCCCCAAGGUUACACAUCAGGGGAUAACCACAGGCAGGUACGAUCUUCCUGCACUCUUGCACAGGCACUUACCACACAUGUACAACACACAUGCACACGCAUGCGCGCGCGCACACACACACACACACACACACACACACACACACACACCCUGCACAGUGUCUCCUUUGCUCUCUACCUCCAUUGAGGUAGGCUAAAGAUCUAGCACACAGAUGAGGGGAAGCACCAGCACCCCUCUGAAAGACCCCUUCUCCCAGCAGAAGGUUGACACAUGCAGAAAGUGGCCAGCCUUGUCCUGAGAAAGAGGCCCUCCUGGCUGAGGCCUGGCCUUCCCGAUCCCAGUUGGCUCAGAGUGCCCUCUAGGACCCCCCCACCCCACAUACACACUGGAGGUUCUUGAGGGACAAACUGUGAUAUGGGUAACCUCGUGUCAUGCUUCCUGUCCCAAAGCUAAGCCAGCCUGGGCCCUUUCGCAGCCACUCCUGAGGACGUGACAUUUCAAAGGCUAGAACAGAUAAGUCACAAAACCAAGCAGACUUAAUGCUUGGUAUUGGGCCUAGAAAUCCCCCAAGAUGUGCUCCAGAAAGAGCAUCUGCUGUCUGCUAGGUCUGGGAGUUUGCAGCCGGUGUGGAAGGCUGGAUGCUUUCAGCCGGUGCCUCGUCUUCUGAGUUACGUCUCAGUCUAGUUCAUGUGUUUUAAUAUUAUUCUGAGCCAGUUUCCAACUUAUUCUGGUCCAAAGAGCAGUUUGUUUUCGUGUGGGAUGUGUCUAGACUUUGUUUCUGUUUUGUUUUGUUUUGUUUUCAUUGAUGACCUCAGUAGAGACAGGGGAAGAAAAACUAAUAUAUUUUGUAAUAUGAAUAUAGUCCCUGCUCUCCACAUCUGGGAUAUUUAUGUUGUGUCUGUGGAGAUGGGAGUUCAGUGAGCAGUGUUAGGGAGGAUGGGUUUACAGAGGGAAGGGUGGGGUCUGGGGGAGGGAGAGAUGUGAAUACAGCAAGAUAAAGAACAAGAGACUUCAUCUCAGGACGCAAAAAGUCAAGCCCCUGGGGUGAAUACAGAAAGAUAAAGAACAAGAGACUUCAUCUCAGGACGCAAAGAGUCAAGCCCCUGGGGACUCUGACUUGAGUUGUCUGGGCAGAGUCAGAAAAGCCUGGUUCUUGCAGGGAUCCACAGUGGAGCCCUCAGGUUUACUUUGGUACAAGAAGUUUCAGUGCUGUCUGCCCCCGCCCCCCCCCCAGCUGUCCAGAUAGCUGCCUGAGACGUGGCGGGGCUGCUGCUACUACAGAGCUGUGCGGAUGGAGUUAGGACCAGACGAGCCAGACUAUCUGGACUUUAAAGGGUAUCCCACCAAGUGCUCCUGCAUGACCAGACCCAAGGUCAAACCCCAGCAAAUGUGAAGACUGGGAGCAAUGGUCUGGGUUCUCCUCACCUCUCUGAAAUAACUAAGCUUCCGGGUAUCUAAUAUAAUCACACACUGAAAAGUGUAGCCCGUCCCUCCUCUGCCAAAAAGCGAUGGAGAGGACCAAAAGAGGCAAUAUUGCUGGCGUAUUGGGAACCUCAGAAAGUCACUUGAGAGGCUGAUGUCUGUCAGAUCCAGGGUGGUCACCACAAGUACAUGUCCACACAGCUAUACAGGAAGGCGGGAGGACAACGAGGCUGGUCUGGGACUGGUCAGGGACAGGCUCCAAAAACACAUCACUCCCAGUAUAACCCCCAAAUCACCCCAGGGAAGGGGAAAGAGAAAAUACUUCCCAUUCUUGUUGCACAAAAACCCUGGAAACUUUAAGAGGGGACUGAAAAGCCAAGCUUCUCUUGUGAGCUUUUCUAGAGAGCUAACAGUUUAGCAUGAUUGUAAGAUUACCUAGGCUUUUGUGUUAACCAAAGUGGCUCCCCCAACCCAGAGGGAAAACUGUUGGAGCUUGGUCCAUGCCCCUGGCUGAAGCACAGUCUUCCUCUGUUGGCGUCAGACUGAGUGGUUAAGUUGGGGUCAGGUCUUAUCUGGCAUCUUCACAUACAUAGUUACAUAUGUAAAUAUCUCAUCACCCAGAAUGAUGGCGCCGACUUCUGCGCUCUGCCCACUCAGUUAGGACAUGAUGGUGACUCCGCUUUGGGACCAGGCUCCCAGACUCACUCCACCCCCACCCCAAUCUAAGGAGGUUGCACCACAACCCACUCUGCCUCUGCCUUCUCCAGUGGGAGCAUUUCAGGGAGCCACCAUCGGCCUUGAGUUCAUGAGAGGAAGAAAGCCCCACAGAUCAAUGGCUAGAGCCCACUUCCUGAGUGAUAACUUUCUCCCUCACCACAGCAGGCCCCUGGAGGUAGAGCACACAGCAGGCCGCCACCUCCCUGCUCACCGGUUUGCUUUCUGAACAUCGCCCAUUACCAUUGGCCUUCAGGGAGUCAAGUAACCUACUACCUCCCCCAUCGCUCCUCCUCCCUCCUGCAGCCCCACCCACACAUAUGCUCCCUGUAGACAGCACACUGAUGCAAACCCACCCCCAAGCCCUGCUCCAGUCUCUCCACCCACUGGUGUGGCUGUCACUGAUGUUUACAACCAAGGGCCACUUCCUGCUGAUGUUUUAUCUCUCACCUUCCCAAGGCUACCUGUUGGGUUUGCGGUUCACCUCUGUCUACUCCUUCCCUGGAUAGGGUCCACCUGAGCACACAACCCUGACUUUGUUUUCCCUCCAUCAAGGCAGUGUGUGAUGACCAUGUGGGAAUGAAAUCUCUUGUACAUACUUAGCACAGCACCUGGGGUAUGAACUCGCACCCCCAUUCUGUAACGGGGUGCAUUAGCGCUUACUGUAAAACAUCGGGAGAAAUAUAGUAUUGUAUUUGUAACAAUAUUGUUCUUUGUAUACACGAAACUCAAUGAUCUCUAUAUAUAAAUAUAAAUAUAUAUAUAAAUAAAAUAUAUCUACACGUGAGCCUGGAAUGUUGCCACUGCACACCCACUGAAUGUAUUUCCUCUGACAGUCUGGUCACCAGUCCUGGCCCACCCUCCCCUUCUUUGUGCUGUGGCCGCAGUUGUCUGGUUUGGGGUUGUGAUGUAUUAAAUGUGCUAUCUCCUUAUUUAACUGAACGCUAACGUCUGUAUAAGAAUUGCUGCAACAAUAAACAAGGACUUUGCCUCUUA